AUGGGAAAUUGCAUGCAGAGAGGCCGUGAAAGGCGAGAGGAAGAGGCGAUGCAACAGCAACAAGAAGAGGGAACAAAAGGGCUUGUGAAAGAGAGUGUGGAUUGCGUUAAAGGAGGUAGUGGGGGUUUAAAGGUGAAGAUAGUUCUGACAAAGGAGGAAUUGCAGUGGUUGAUGAUUCAGCUGAAGAAAAAUGAAGGGAAAAGAUUAGAGGAUGUCUUGGCUGAAAUUGGGAGAGAAAGAGGGAAAGUUGAAGCUUGGAAACCUUCUCUGGAGAGUAUAAUGGAGGGCCCUGAAGUUUUUCUUAGACUACUACCCUUUUCUCCUUUGAGGUUUUCAUCAUCUUCUUCUUUCUUGUCCUCUGAGGUUUUUGACUUGGAUGAUGAUCCAAAAUGGUUGAGAAGUGAGUAA